GACGUUAUUAUGCUAUGAUUGUCUUAGAGAUGCAAUAGUUUGAAAUUCUCAAACGAUAUACAUAAUCAAAGGAAAGCAAUAGUUUGAAAAUUGUUUAAGCUUAUACGAAAGCAAAGGCAAACUUACAUUUUUAGAUUUUUGAAGCUUUUUGUUUAGAAUAUGUGACACUUGGAAAAAGAAGAGUGUUUUUAUUGUUUUGCAAUCGGAAGCUUUAACCAAGGAAACGUACUUGAAAGUAUAACAAGGAUAAUAAUGGAGUCUAACCGCUCAAAUGUGAAUCAAAGCACGAUCGUUCAGCUUGAUUUUUCUGGUACGUACGUUGCCAUCACUGUGGUAUGUCUGGUAAUGGCGGCAGUCAUCAUUUCCCUGAACGGUUUUGUGAUUUUCAUCUUAGCCCGACAGAAAGACAACAACAGGCUUCAUUUCUUCAUAUUCCAACUUGCCAUUGCUGACCUUUGUGUCGGCUUGGUAAGCGUACUUUGCGACGGGAUAUUCAAAGGUAUUCUGCGACAGAAGUGGUACUUGGGUGACGUCAUGUGUCGCAUUUGGCACUAUUCUACGUUUGUAGUCAUAAUUGUGUCCAACAAUCUUCUGAUCGGAAUGAGCGUGGACCGCUACCUGGCUGUACGGUACCCACUUAGGACAAUAACUGGAGAGUACCGUCCGUACAAAGCCAUAAUUAUCGGCUCAUGGAUAAUGGCCCUUCUGAUCCCUGUGUGGACCUUUCCGUACAUCGGCGCCGUCCUUGAAGGCACUUCAUACUACUGUCACAUGGAGUUCACGAAUGAAAUGGGGUGGCAGCUUUACGUCACCUGUACACUACUCAUUGUGUUUUUCAUCCCAUUCCUCAUUGUCUCCGUCUGUUAUGUCGGCAUCUCUGUCGUCGUCUGGAAUCAUUGGCGCCAAAGAAGAAAUCUCACUGAAAUCAUCGAAAUGAUCACUACAUUAAAAGCGUCGGGUCACACAGCAAGUAACGAGGGUUUACUUCCAAAAGCCAGAAUAAAAACAAUAAAGAUGACCUCGAUAAUAUGCUUCUCGUUCUUUAUUUGCUGGCUUCCGGCAACAGUGUUCCACAUUCUUGACGUUUUCGACAUAAGUGUGCUUGACCCUCGCUUCUACCUGAUCCUGCAGCGGUUAUAUCCACUCAACAGCGCGUUUAAUCCAAUUAUAUUCUUGUUGUUCAACAAGCACCUGUUGCCCUGCUGGUCGCCAAAGUCUGCGGAUAAGACUUAUAAAAGUGUCAGAACAACUAAAACAACAGUAUGACUAGUGACUUUGUUGCAAAACUGGUAAGACACUUUGAAUAAAAACAAUGAACUGGACAA